AUGGAUUUUGCGGGCCAUUGUUCAGUCAUACAAGCCGUGAACACGCAUCGCUUUACGACGGUUAAAAGGCGUCAACGGACAUCGAAGGUGGUUUCCCAGCUGGCGGACGUCGAGAGGGUUCCUCAGCGGCCUGCCGGCAGCUUUCUGGAGACUGGUGUGCCAUCAAAAUACCAACAGCCCAACAGAAGGAGCAGUUCAGAAGCAGCCCAGAAGCAGAAGCCUCACCACCAGGAGCAGUUCGGUAUCAGCAGCAGCAGCACCACCACCAGCAUCACUAAUAGAGACACCAAAGAUAGAGACUUGAAAGUUGAGGCCUUGUGGGCUUCCCCUGUCCACUUUGGCAUGUUUAUUGGUAUCCUUCUUGUUCAGGUGAUGUUGGUUAUCUCUAAAACUGUUCAAAGGCUGGAAAAGAAGAUUGAUGACAUAGAUAACAAAGUAACAAGAAUUUAUUACUCUCGUGCCAGAUCCUUUUGGCAUUACCCUCCUUUUAAAUUAGUAUCUAGAAGAUACAAUUACCUGACAUCUAAAAGACGUAAACUCCAGAAAGAGAGCCAAGUAGUUCAUGAUGAUACCUUCUCCUACCCUCAAAGUUACAGUCCAACUUCACCAGUCCGCACAAGGGAUGAAGUGAGCUUUGAUGUAGAGAACGAAGAGACUGUAGAUUACACCCAGAUGCACCAGUGCCCUGAUAUUAUUGACAACGCCCAGAUGUUCCAGAACCCUGAUUCUAUUGACAAUGCCCAGACACACCAGUAUGCUGAUUCUAUGGACAACACCGAAAGUAUCCAGAACACUGAGAACGAUGCUGUGUUCCAUUCUGACGAUUCCCUGGGAGUGAGAUGUAUCAGUUCUUCACCAGAGAGUAACCGUCCAGAAACUCCACAGAGUCCUAUAUAUACUCCCCAAGACUACCACUGCGGAUUUAAAAUAAAUCCUGGCUCUUCUACAAUGACCCACUACAGUGACUUUGAAAAUCCCAACUUGCACACCACUAUUUCUUCUGCUUCAACAAUAUUGAGAGGAAGCCACCUCCCUCGAGGGGAGCUCAUGCCCAUCAGGAAUCCUGAAAUGAAGCAAUUGGCCUUACUGGAGGCCCAGAGUACACCUGUGAUUGAUCCUAAUACUUUUGGUUUGUCAUCCAGUUGUACCAAGGCUGUUGUGAAAGGCCUUGGAAAGCCGUUAAACUGGUCUAUGAACGACGUGAUAACAUUUCUGAACCGUUUAGAUCCUCCGUUUGCAGACCGACUCUACUCCACCAUCAGAGAACAUGACAUUGAUGGGAAAGCCUUGCUGUUGCUCAACAUUGAUGUAAUGAUAAAAUAUAUGAGGAUGAAUGUCGGAGUAGCCUUGAAGCUCAGCAGCUACAUUCAAAAGCUUAAAAAAGGAGUAAACUGUCGCCCGUAAAACAAUUGUAGAACUUUAAAUGUUCUCAUAAAGUCCUUCUUAAUG